AUGAAAAACUUAUUCGAAGACAUAAAAGACAAAACCAACUUUCAAGAAAAAUCUUUAGAAGUGAUCGAUAUCGAUGAUUUAAAAAAGGAUAUAUUAGAACUGGAACAAAAAAUAAGAUUCUUUAAACAAUUUUUAAGAAAAGAAAUAAAUUCAAUUCAAGCUGAAGAAAGUAUCCUCGAGGAAAAGUCGUAUAAAGAAAUUAUCCCUAGUCCAGUGCGAUUUAUGAUCAAAUGUCCUUUCAAAUGUGUUAUAAUCCAUCAAUUUCAAGAGUUCAUGAAGGCUAGCCCUAACCGUUACGGUGGUUGGAAUGAGUAUAACCACAAUCUGUUUGUUCAAAUUUGGAACAAAUAUAAUGGAAAUGUGUUAUUUACAUCGAAGCGUAUUGACGACUCACAUCUUUUUCAAGAAUUUAUAGAUGAAGUUUUCCAAAAAAUUUCAGAUCCCAGAUUUGAAGACAUUCAUUCACAUAUUGAAUGGUAUUCGCAGUAUCUUAACCUUAAAAUAUGCCAAAAAAAAGCCCUUGAUAAAUGGAAGGAGAAUAAAAUUAAAAUUAAAAAGCCGCUGCGUGAUGCAAAGAAAUACAAAAGUAUAACUCAUCCGAUUAAUGGUGUCAAUGGAUCAGUUUCAGGUGAAACACUCGAGCAAAUAAUAAAAUAAUAUGUGUAAUAAUAAAGGAUCAAAACUCAUCAGUUCUCAUAAAUUAGACAGGCAUAUUAAAGGCAACUUAGCGUUUCAGUUUCGAAUCUAUGGAUAAAAGCAAAUAAAUUAAAAUAUUUUAAAAGUAAAGGGAACUUCUCACUUCAUGUGGCCAACCAUUAACCAUUAUUAACCAUUUGGUGUAAUUUUGCAAAUUACAAACACAUCAUCCACACAAACUAAAAGCGUUAACUUUA